AUGUGUUUAAAUCCAACAAUUUUGCCAGCUAAGAACUGCUCGAAUCGAUGCGAUGUGCUCAACACACUUUACUGUGACGAAGGAAUUAGUAAAUGUGUGUGUAAGGCGGGGAUAAACACGACAGAUUGUUCGCUGUUUGUUGACUUCUGCAGUAGUAGCCCCUGCCCAGCACAGCUACAGUGUAACAACACCAAGGGCGGCUAUCAGUGCAACUGCUGGAAUGGGUUACCCCAAGUCAACGGCGCCUGUGUUGACUGCAACAGGAAACUGACCAACGCUACAGGGUCAAUGAUGAGUACUAACUACCCGCUGAACUACCCUGACAACUCACACUGCACGUGGACGAUAGAGGCUGAGCUUAGCUCUGUUGUGACUCUAAGGGUUCAAGACAUUGACAUGGAAUGUCCCUGGGACUAUCUAGAGAUAUUUGACGGUGUCGACGCCAACGCCCUCUCUCUCGGCCAGUACUGCAGCGUGUUGCCGCCCCUGAUCAAGUCAACAAAGAACUCUCUUCACUUGGUGUUUCAGUCGGACAGCUCAUUCAAUCAACGGGGAUUUUUGGCUUGGUACACCGCCAAAGCCCAGUGCCAGAAUACCAGCUGCUCCCACGAGUGUAGUGUGACGUCAGUCAGUCCUAGAGUGGAGAAAUGUGUCUGCCCCGAGUGGAUGAGUCUGGAUACCGUCACAAGCACCAGAUGCCUAGACAUAAACCCUUGCAACAGUACAGUCUCCGGGUCAGCAGGGUACAUCACCAGCCCAGGCUACCCCCAGAAAUACCUGGUCAAUACCACCUGCUCCUGGCUGGUUCAAAGUAAAAACAGCUCACAAGUCACUGUCAGGUGGGUAGACUACACCAUGACGUCAUGA